CUUAAUGACACAAUAUAUAAACACAACUCCAGAUAACACAAUAUUUCCGGCAGUUUAUUUUCAUUAGUAGAUCAGCUGACAUUUCAUCAAAUGUUUGUGUAGAAUCACUUAUCGUACAUUUUGUAUAAGUGGUAUCUAAGGAUAUGUUAUAAAGGAUACACAAUAUUGUUUUAAUCUUUUGUGGAUUGUCUUGUAUUUUCAGUAAAUGUUUACCGGAUUUGUAGUGUAGAAUCAUAGGAAUGCAAACGUUAUUACAGCCGGAGAAAAUCGUUCCCGGAAUAUGUGACAUAAUCAGCGGUAUAACCACGCGUUAAAGAAACACGUUUCAAAAAAGGCGUGGCGUGACAUGAAACAUUGCAUGGCGUUGACCACCGCUGAGCAAGGAAGCAAAUAUCAUCAUCAAUACUAAAUCAAUGUAACAUUGUUGGAAUUCUGAGCAUUUAAAUUCAAAAGUAGGUUGAAUCGUUUUACCUAAAUGACACGGCAAAAAAAUUCAAUUUAUGAUUUAUAAAAUAGAUGCUUCUGAUUUAUAUUGCCAAUAACCAUUGUUGUGCUGAAUUUUGCAGAAUUGUAUAAUAAAGAAAACAUCAGUAAAAUUAUCAGUGAAAUCCUCUGAAACCAAAUCAACAGUUUCAUUACAAUGUUAUUACAAAGGAUGACGCGUUAUGGACUAGUCACAACAUCAAAACGAUAUUUGCUAUGCAUUUGUAUUGUUUCUACAAUCUUUGUUUUUGUUCUAACUAAAGUAUCUCUCGUUUAUAACACAACACCUACAAAACACAAUAGGGAUGACUCAAGCGAAAAUCCUUCUAUCUAUCUGCAGUCACGACGAUUUGAUGUUAUUGUCAAAAUGGUUUAUGCAUAUUUCUAUGUUUAUAAAAGUGAAUUACCACAGCAAAUACUGCAGGCGUAUUUAGACCACUUACGGGUUUGGAAUCAUUUUAAGGAAUAUUGUAGUAACCUAAAGGAGACAUGGUUUGAUGGUAAAAUACCGUGCAAAAAUAAACUAAACCAGUCAGAUUUCAUUUCAUCAUUUCAUAAAACAAUUGAUGAUAUUAAAGAAAAUGGAUUUAACUCUAGUGUAUCAAGAAUUCCACUGGAUAACACCGGUUUCCUUAUGAAUGGUGCUCAUAGAAUAUCGGCAGCCGUAGUUCUAUCACAAAAUGCCAGCUUUGAACAUCAUCAGUACACACAGAAUGCCUUUAAUUGGGACUAUAAUUUUUUCAGAAAGAGCGGAAUGUCACAAGAGAGACUAAAUAUUGUUGUUUUAGAAUGGAUGAAGAUUCAGAUGACUCUGCCGUAUUUGAAAAGUUUUGUGUUUAUUGUUUCUGUAUUGUCCAAUAAUUACAAUAAAGAUGAAGCGAUGAGAGAGAUUGUAGAGAUGCAAUGCUCAAAAGAUAAUAGCAUUUUUUAUGAAGUACAAGUCAACUUUACAAGAAACGGAAUGCAACAAUUAGUAACCCACAUGUAUGGAAAACAACCUUUCACUUACACAAAAUUGAAAAAAAUUAUGUCGAAAUUUAAUUCAACAUACAUUGGAAAGUUCCUUUUUAUUUUUACAAAAGGUAUUAAACAUCUUGAUGAAUGUAAAACACGGAUCCGAAAACUGUACAACGACACAGAUCAGACAUCUACAGUCCAUAUUCCAGAAACUAUUGAAAGAAACUUGAUAUUAGCAGAAAUGAUUCUUAAUUCAAAUUCUAUACAAUUUAUGAAUUAUGCUAAAAACGCGUCAGAGUGUUACCUGAUCGCGAAUGAAAUGGCAAGACGUUAUAUAAACAAACCAAUAAAAGCGUUACCAGGGAUAUUUAUUGGGAGGGAUGAUGUCAUGGUUAACUCUGGAACUGUGCUUGCUAUAUAUGGUAUACGUAAACGAACAGACAUACACCUAUUAUUUUUACGUGAAAUUAUAAAUGAAUUAGCUUUACUUGGGAAAGAGCGCAAAAUAGUUUUCCAAGCACACGCUUUCAAAGACAAAUCCCUAUCAAAAGGAGAUCGAAAAGAUCAAUUUGGCUCAAAUGUAACAACUAAUAAAUGGGCCUUAUUUUAUGAUCCCCAUAAUUUUGGAUAUUGCUACGGUAUAAAAUUUGUAUCUUUGGAACAAUUAAUUAGGUACAAAAGAAUGCAGAAUGAUUUGGAAGACGUUCAGUUAAUAAAGAACUUUUAUAAAUCAAAUGUGUAGAUAAUUAUCUGCUUUUCUUAUACUAUGUAAUCAAAUAUUUUCUUCAUUAACCAACCUAUACUUGAUUACAUUGUCUCUUUUUGGUAUGUCCCACAACAAGAUAAUAAGUACACUACCUAAAAUAACUACACAUUAUUUGUUCAUCUCAAUGACAAUAUGUAUAAUAUUAUCAUAGGUAGAUGAUAUCUGAUUUCGGAUGUUAUGGUAUUCGUUUAUGUAUUUGUUUCCGUAAUACAACUAUAUUAGAGACGUAUAUAGGUCAACAACUAUAUGAAGUAAUCUAAAAUAUGAGUCUCUGCUUUAUUUGUAUUUGUUAUUUAUUACUUAUUAAUCAUUAUUCUUAUUAAUUAGCUACAUUCAUGCACACGAGGGCACUUUCAAGUGCGUAAAGUUUAAAAGAAUAUUGCUUCUUAAAUAUAUGUUUUAAAUGAUUGUAUUCUAAUAUUGAGUAUGUGUUAAAGGGUUUGGAAUUUUUCCUAAUGCCAGGUCGAAUUUUCUGUGUUAAAUUAGAAAGUCCUUGUAUCUUGGUGGUGAUACAAUUACAGAGUUUAACAUUUUUGAAAAAGUUUUUUUAACAGAGGAAUAUCUUUAUUUGAAUAUUCUGGAAAAAAGUAAUGUGGUGUGACUGUCUUUAUUGUUUAAAACUAUAUCAUAUGAUACACUAUCAAAGCGAACGUACUACCCGCUACUCAAAAGAAAUACCGUAAAAAAUUUAUCUGUUAUAUGUAAUUGGGGUUUGGAUCGGAAUAUCCGUUCGAGGGGGAAUGAAGAGCCUUGUCGAGUUUAGGCCCAUGGUCAGGUUCCCGAGGGGCUGAUAUUCCGAUCCGAACCACAAACAUACGUCAGAUAUUUUUCUUGCAUAUUUUACCAUAUUCCAUUAUACUUAAAAUUCUUUACCUUAAUAUAACAAUUUUUCCAUAAAAAUUUAUGUCAUUACAUCAAUUAGAAUUUUCUUACACAUAACGGUAAAUUAUGUCAUACCAGAUAAAACUUUCCGGCAACUUUUACAAGAAACUAUUUUCUUGUUUGUAUCAAAGAUGACCAUUCAAAUUGUAUACAAAUAAUAAUAAUACAAAUGUAGUAAAAUUAUCUUUAGGAAGAAAAAUAAAAAUUUAAUGUAUUGUCAAUACAGACUUUUUAUAUCUUCUGCAUUUUAUCGUCUUUAAUGACCUGUGUUAUCCAACUAUUGCCUAAAUCCAAUAGCCAUUCAGUGGGUUUUCCUAGGAUGGCAGGACAAAAUGUUUUAUAUACUUUGAACAGUAAUACGAUCAAAAUAAAAUUGUAACACUUUUGUAUUUCUCAUACAUAGAGCCCUAUCGUUGACCGAUCUAUGAAUAAUUCUAUGGUAGAAAAAAAAAUUCAAAAUUUCGAUAGUGGCAUAAACAUUUCACAGCUUUCCUUGCAUUAAUUAGAAAUAGUUUUUUACACAUGAGCUUGUCAAUAUUUCGAACUUCAUUGAAGGCGUACAUGUCUAUCUUAAACUUUUUAUUUUGCUUAAUGCCGACGAUACAGUGAUCUUCAGUGAAAAUGAAAUUGAUCUUCAAAAGGCUUUAGAUCUGUUUAAAAUAUAUUGUGAAACGUGGAAAUAAAAUAUAAUUGUAAAUAAAACCAAAGUUAUGAUAUUUAGUAAAGGACGUCCAAAAUAAAAUAUGUCUUUAAAAUUGGCCAACAUUUCUUGGAAAUUGUAAAUGAAUAUAAAUAUUUAGGGAUAUUUUUCAAUAAAAGUUGUUCGUUUUACAAAUCAAAAAUACAAAUAGCUGAGCAAGCUAAUAACUUAAGGCACAAUUUACAUUACUGGGGGAAAUUUAAACUUAGACUUUACCAUUUGACCUACAAUUUAGAUUAUUUGAAAAAAACUAUCAAGCUUAUUUUACUGUACGGAAGCGAAAUUUGGGGAUAUGGAAAUGUUAAUGUUUUAGAGAAAAUUCAGCUGUAUUUCUCAAAUAUAUAUUUAAAUUUAAAAAGAUAACCCUGUCUUAUAUGAUAUAUGGUGAAACAGGUCCUCUACCACUCAGUGUGCACAUCAAACAGAGAGUAAUUAUAUUUUGGGCAAGACUUGUUGAAAAUAUCAAUAGUGUUGAACCAACAAAAUUAUCUUUAAAGGUAUAUAUCUUCUUACGUAAAUUACAUAUAUAUAAUAAAGUUAAAUCAUUGUGGAUAGAAAAUGUAAAACAAUAUUUAUGUGAAACUGGUUUUUCUGGGAUUUGGUACAAAGUUCUAGCAAUAGUAAGUGGUUGAUAAAAACAACAUUUCAAAAGUUAAAAGAUAUUUACUCGCAAAAUUGGCGUUCUGAACAAAAUAACACUUCUGAUACAAGAUUCAAGAUUCAAAAUAUUUAUUGGCAAAAACAUUUUACAAUGUCCAUCGCCAUGUUCGGCGGUUCAAUAAACACAUAAUGAGAAAAGUAUGUACAUAACGAGAAUGAUAUAAUUAUAAAUUAAUUAGUAAAUAGAUUUAAUAAACCAA